AUGACAACAGAUCCAGAAAAGACAGGAUAUGAAGUCCAUGAAACCCACACAGCUCAUAUGAGAACCAUAACUAGUAAAACGGUUGGUCAAGUCAACUAUAUUAAUGCUAGGGAAGUGACAAAUGCUGAAGAUUUAUUAGCAGAAAUUGGUUAUAAACAAGAAUUGAGAAGAACUUAUAGUACGCUUCAAGUGUUUGGUAUUGUGUUUUCUAUUCAAGGUCUUCUACCUUCUAUAGCUACAACUAUGAGUACUGGUUUAACUGUUGGUACUGUUUCAAUGAUUUGGGGUUGGUUUCUUGCUGGAUUCCCAAUUAUGGGUGUUGGUAUAGCAAUAGCUGAAUUGGCAAGUGCAAUUCCAACUUCUGGUGGUCUUUAUUAUUGGACAUAUCAAUAUGCACCAGUUGGUUGGAAAGCUAUAUUAUCAUUCAUUGUUGGUGUUACAAACUCAAUGGAUCUUUGUGCGGGUGUUUGUUCAAUCACUUAUGGAUUUGCUGAACAAAUUUUAGCGACUGUUUAUAUUGCACAUGAUGGAGAUUUUAAAAUUACAAGACCAAUAGUUUAUGGUGUCUAUGCAGCUGGUUUGUUUUUACAAUUAUUUUUAGCUGGUAUAAGUUCUGCUAAUGCCUCAAGAUUGCAGAACCUUUCCAUUGCAGCUAAUGUUGGUGUCGUUAUAUUAUUUGUUAUUGCAUUACCAAUUGUAACUCAUAAUACUUCAACUUUCAACGAUUCAAAAUUCAUAUUUACUUCAAGUCCAAAUUUUAGUGAUUGGCCAGCAGGUUGGUCUUUUCUACAAUUUGGUCUUAUGCCAGCAGUAUGGACAAUUGGUGCUUUUGAUUCCACUGUUCACAUGUCUGAAGAAUCUAAAACACCAUCAAGAAGUAUCCCGAUUGCAAUCAUUGGUUCAAUAGCAGCAUGUUGGAUUGGUGGAUUUUUAUUAACCAUUUUAAUUGCAGCAUGUAUGCCAACAGAUAUAUCAUCAAUAAUAAGUACAGAAUCUGGACAACCAUUAGUGGAAAUAAUUUUCAAAAUUAUGGGUAAAAAAUGGGCAAUUACAUUCUCAUCAUUAUUUGCAUUUUGUCAACUUUUAAUGUCAACUAAUAUUCUAACUGCAAUUUCAAGACAAAUUUGGGCAUUUGCAAGAGAUGAUGGAUUACCAUUUUCUCCAUGGAUCAAAAUUGUUCAUAAAAAAUUAAAAGUUCCAAUAAAUGCCAUCAUUAUUAGUGAUUUUAUUGCCUUACUAUUAGGUCUUUUAAUUUUGGCAGGUCCAGUUGCUUCAAAUGCAUUGUUCUCCAUUGGGGUUAUUGGUUGUUAUGUUGCUUAUGCUAUACCUCAAUUUUUAAGAUUAACAAGUGGUAGACAUAUUUUCAAUCCAGGAUCUUUUUAUACUGGUAAAAUUUUAUCUCCAAUUAUUCAUAUAGUUACAAUUAUUUAUCAAAUAAUUAUUUGCUUGUUGGAAAUGUUCCCAGAAACUAGAUCCGUUGAGGGUGCUACAACUAUGAAUUAUUCUGUUGUAAUAAACUGUGGUAUUUGGAUCUUAUCUUUGAUCUAUUAUUAUGCAUUCAAAAGAAAUAUCUACAAUGGUCCUAAAUCAAAUUUAAAUGAUGGUGAACAAGAUAAAAUUAAUAGCAGUUCCACAAGCAUUGAUGAAGUUAUACCCCCAUCUAAAACUGGAACUUUUUAA